AUGGAUGUCAUUGGGCUGAUUGAGCCGAAAUCUUCGAACAGACAUCGAUUCAUCUUGGUCGCAAUUGAUUACUUCACCAAAUGGGUGAAAGCAGUCACCAAGAAAGCGGUGGUAGAUCUUUUUCAUUCUAACAUCAUCUGUCCUUUUGAUACCCCUAAGACCAUCAUCACUGACAAUACAACCAAUCUAAAUAGUCAUUUGAUGAAGGAGGUGUGUGAGCAAUUCAAAAUUGUGUAUCGCAAUUCUACCCCUUACCGGCCAAAAGCCAAUGGAGCCGUUGAAGCUGCAAACAAGAACAUCAAAAAGAUUCUUAGGAAAAUGGUUCACGGCACCAGAAAAUGGAAUGAGAAGCUGCCUUUCGCACUCUUGGGAUACCGCACAACUGUUCGCACUUCAGUUGGCGCAACUCCUUACUUGUUAGUGUACGAGACUGAAGCAGUAAUACCGGCUGAAGUCGAAAUUCCCUCUCUUCGUAUUAUUACGGAAGCCAAUAUAGAGGAUACUGAAUGGAUCAAAACCCGAUUAGAGCAGUUGACGUUAAUCGAUGAAAAGCGGUUGGCGGUUUCCCUGCAAAGCUCGAACUUGAUGUGCAAAAAUAAAGCUCCAACUCUCAUCAGAGAGAAGAAGGGCGUUUAA